AUGCCAUGCCGUUCUUCAAUAGAACACUUUUCCGAUUCCUUGUUCAACCUGAAGUCUAUAUCAGUGGUUGACAUACUCGCUUACUAUCAAAAAGAAUUUCUGAACGACAACUUUAAAGAAAUAUAUGACGCGCUAGCAAAAGAUUUGGAAGAAGUCUUAAUGCAGUGUUACUUGUAUGUGGUAAACUUGGAGACUGUAGGUCAUGAGUUUGUAGUCUUGAGGGCUUCAUGGAAAAAACAAACUCUUAAACAAGUCCGUCGCGAUCAGAAACAAUCAUCACUGAAUACCAAAAAAAAUGUUGCUACAGUUGUUGAUGUUGAAACUAGCAAGUGGGUUGAAGAAAUGACAAACAAUGAUGAAGUUCUAAUGUACAAUAUGAGACGUAAUGCCGAAGAUGAACCGGAAACUGCGCGUCCAGAAAAUAUUAAGAGGUAA